AUGAAUUUGGGAAUAGAUAUGAAUAGAAAGAUCAACAUUCAUUAUUCUGUGGCAGAUAAUUUGGUUCAAAAGUUAAAGAUUUAGUUUUAAAGUAAGAUGAUAAUCACUCUUAAAUUUGAUAGCAGAUCUAAGCCUUCAACCGCUAAUUGCAACUCUUUUUAAUUAGAUAUAGAUGCAAAUGAUUCAAUAGAAAACUUGAAGGCUUUAAUAAGUCUUCGCUAUUCAGAUUUAGAUCCUGAUAAUUUUGAUUUAUACUACAAGGGAUAAUUUAUUAAAACCAAUCAUAAAUGCAUAUAUAUUUAAGAAGUUUUACAUACAACUGAGCUGGAGAUAGUUGCUAAUAGUAGAAUGACUGACUGCUGCAGAUUAAUAUGA